GCGGGUGCUGGGGGACAGGGCACGGCCACCCGGAAGGGUCCGUACCCCGACUGUCUGUCUCACUGGGACAAAAGUGCGGGGCGACCUUGUCCCCUGGCGGCGGUGGGCAGCAUGGGGCACAAGGUGACCUUGGCCACCUGUGCGCUCAACCAGUGGGCCCUGGACUUCGAGGGCAACCUGCAAAGGAUUUUAAAGAGUAUCGAAGUCGCCAAGCACAAAGGAGCCAGGUACAGGCUCGGACCGGAGCUGGAAAUAUGCGCGGCUCAGGCUGGCCGAGGGGCCUCAAGCCCCCUGCCUUCACCACAGGAGACGGUGCCCUUUGGGGACGCCGUGCUGGCCACCCGCGACUCCUGCAUCGGGAGCGAGAUCUGCGAGGAGCUAUGGACGCCCCACAGCCCGCACGUGGACAUGGGCCUGGACGGCGUGGAGAUCUUUACCAACGCCUCGGGCAGCCACCACGUUCUGCGCAAAGCCCACGCCAGGGUGGACCUGGUGGCCUCGGCCACCGCCAAGAGCGGCGGCAUCUACCUGCUGGCCAACCAGAGGGGCUGCGACGGCGGCCGGCUCUACUACGACGGCUGCGCCAUGGUGGCCAUGAACGGCCGCGUCUUCGCCCGUGGUGCCCAGUUCUCGCUGGACGACGUGGAGGUGCUCACGGCCACGCUGGACCUGGAGGACGUCAGGAGCUACCGGGCAGAGAUCUCGUCUCGGAGCCUGGCGGUGAGGCCCCGGCGGCUGCGCCCCGGCCCCCCACUCCUGCCCCACCCACCCCACCCCGGGACUCGCCUCCUCGGGGUCCUCGGUGCUGGGCGCCUGAGCCUCGCGUGGUCGGGGUCGUCCCUCGGCGGGGGCCCUGAAGCCCCUCCCAGGGUCUGGGCCAGCCGCCGGCGUCCACCUCGCUGCCUCCGCUGCGUGGGGUCGGCGUGGCCCUGUGGAGACAGAACAUGGGCCGUGGCUUUGGGGCGGGGCCCAGGUCCCCGGGGGCCAGGGCAACAGGACGCGGAUGGCGAGGCUCAGCUGGCCAGCUCUUGGGGGCAGCCGGAGCGGAGCCCCAUAGGCAGCAAGCGGCUGCCGCCCUCCAUCCCCCGCCCUCCAGAUCAGGAGGUGCUGGCCGACGUGCGGGCCAUGGUGAGCCAGACGACCUACACCCCCCGGGACCCCCGCGAGCUCUGUGGGCGCCUCCUGACCACCUGCUACAUGGCCAGCGAGAACUCCUCCCGGGAGACCAGCGACAGGGCCGGGGCGCUGGCCCAGCAGAUUGGAAGGUAGAGGGGCCGCGGGCGGCGGCGCCGGGCCGGGCACGGGGAGGCUCCUGGAUGUGCGUCCAGGCCGAGCCACUGCCCCCAGUCUGAGCCAGUGUAGGG